UCCCGCUCACUCUCACACACACACUCUCUCUCUCUCCCUCUCUCCCCGCACUUUUCAGCAAAAAUGGGUACGGUCCAGAACUUGACAACCCUAGCUCCCCAAAUUACCACGGACGAGGACGCUUUCAUCUAUGCUCACCAACUAGUCUCCUUCUCCGUCCUUCCCAUGACCCUAACAUCCGCCAUUGAUCUCGGCAUCUUCGACAUCAUCGCCAAGGCGGGUCCCGGCGCUUCCUUGUCCCCCGGAGAGAUCGCUGCUCAGCUGCCGACCAAAAAUCCAGAGGCUGCGUCGAUGCUCGACAGGAUGAUGAGGCUGCUGGCGAGUUACAGUGUGUUGACUUGCACCGUGGAGGCGAGGGAUGACGGAGGGGUGGAGAGGAAGUAUGGGGCUGCGCCGGUGGUGAAGUACCUGGCAAAGAAUGAGGAUGGGGUUUCUAUAGCGGCUAUGGCUAUGCACCAGGACAGAGUGUUCAUGGAGAGCUGGUAUUAUUUGAAGGAUGCAGUGUUGAACGGAGGCAUCCCAUUCAUCAAGGCCCACGGUAUGGGCGCUUUCGAGUAUCUUGGCACAGAUCCAAGGGCCAAUAAAGUGUACAACGAAGGGGUGAAGAACUACUCAACCAUCUUAACCAAGAAAAUCCUCGAGACCUACAAGGGUUUUGAUGAUCUAAAGGUGCUCGUGGAUGUUGGUGGAGGUGUUGGAGGAACCCUCAAGAUGAUACUCCAGAAGCAUCCCCAUAUAAAGGGGAUUAACUUUGAUCUCCCUCAUGUCAUUUCUGAGGCUGAACCAAUUCCAGGAGUGGAGCACGUUACCGGAGAUAUAUUUGAGAGUGUUCCGAGCGGAGAUGGCAUCUUAAUGAAAUGGUUUCUAAACAUAUGGACUGAUGAAGAUUGCAUCAAGAUACUGAGGAAUUGUUGGAAGGCAUUGCCGGAGGACGGCAAGGUGAUCAUAAUGAAUAGCAUGAUUCCGGUCGACCCAAAGCCGAUUAUGGCAAAUCAAGAAGAGAUCUUCUUGGAUCUCGUCGUGAUGGUCAAAUAUCCCGGUGGUAAAGAGAGAACCGAGAAGGAAUUUCACUCCUUGGCCAAACGAGCAGGCUUCUCUAGUUCCGAAGUCAUCUACGGUUUUGCCAAUAAUUGUAUGAUUGAGUUCUACAAAUAGACCAUGAGCGGUUUGUCAUGGGACUCGAUGUUGGAGCUUGGAUUUGUUAGAGCUUGGAUUUGAUGUGCUUCGAUCUUGUUGUCCAAAGAAUAAAAACGAUCCAUCAUGGAAUCGUAUUGCUUUUCAAUUGC